AUGAUGGGAUUGAAUUAAAUGACUUCUAAGCUUCCAAAAAAAAAAAAAAAAAAAAAGGGAGGGGGCUGAGUGAGCCAAGGGAUCUCUAAAAUUCUCAGCCCCACUAUAUUCUUAUAAUUCCAUGUUCCAUAGGCGCACCGAUGUCCCACUCCUGACUCCUUGGCUUGCUCCCAUUGUUUGGGAUGGAACUUUCAAUGAGGACAUCUUGAAUGAACAGUUCCAAGGCAGGAAUAUCACUUUUGGAAUAACAAUAUUUGCCAUCAAAAAGUAUGUGGUCUUCCUGAAGCUGUUUCUUGAAACUGCAGAGAAGCAUUUCAUGGUGGGAUACAAAGUGAAUUACUAUGUGUUCACUGACCGGCCAAAUGAUGUUCCAAAAAUACCCCUCCAAGAAGGAAGGAAAGUCAUCACAUUGGUGGUCCAAAACUAUUCCCGGUGGCAAGAUAUCUCUAUGCACCGGAUGGAAAUGAUUAGCAAUUAUUGUCUUCAGCGCUUCUUCAAGGAGGUAGAUUACCUCACAUGCGUGGAUAUAGACGUGAAGUUUACUGAUCAUGUUGGAGUAGAGAUCCUUUCUGAUUUGACUGCCGCUCUUCAUCCUGGCUUUUACGGAGUUUCUCGGGAAACCUUCACCUAUGAACACCGCCCUCAAUCCCAAGCCUACAUUCCCAGAGGCAAGGGUGAUUAUUACUAUAUGGGGGGCUUUUUUGGGGGCAAAGUACAACAGGUUUAUGAAAUGACCAAGGCUUGUCAUGAAGCUAUGUUGAUUGACAAAAGUAAUAGGAUUGAGGCAGUGUGGCAUGAUGAGAGCCAUUUAAACAAAUACCUAUUUCUUCACAAACCUACCAAAGUCCUUUCCCCAGAAUAUCUCUGGGAUAAAAAUCUCCUAGGGUGGCCAUCCUUCCUCAGGAAAAUAAGGCUUGAGGCUGUGCCAAAGAACCAUGCUGCGAUUCGGAACAAAUGAAAGCCCUUUUCUUACAAAGUUAUUGUUGAGGGAUGCUUUUAUUUUAUUUUUUUAAUUGAA